AUGUCUAAUCGCUCGGAUAUCCCUUCCUCUGAGGAUUUUACAGAGUACUAUGAAGACCUUUCAGCCCAUUGGCCCGUAAUGCCAGCGACCCCAUUCCUGGGAUCCAUCAGCCCUUACUGCACAGAGUCUCUAGUUCAAUCCAGCCUCCUGACGCCAAUCAGUCUUCCGGACAACUCGUUUCAUCCCAGCCCAGCAAUCAGUCAGCACUCACAGGGCUACCACGCACAAGAUUAUCAAUACAAUUUCAAUGACCCCGUUUCAGCUCCAUUGGGUCUCGGUAUCUCUGCGCCCUUCCCGAGUGAUUUUCCCCGGUCUUCAGCUCCCAGUCCCGCCUAUCUGUAUGCUCCGGACCCAAGUGACAUCCCGCAUGGCGUGGCACAGACGCCUAGUCCGUCGUCCCAGGGUCCACCACCGGCCAAACGCGCCAGAAUUCCAUCCUUGGACACAGCCUCGCUCGAGAAGACAAGUAAUAAACCAAUCAACAUCGCUCCCAAUCCAGAAGGAGUUCUCCGAAUGGAGCAGAAUCGUCAGCACACCCAGCCAACUCCACACAUACUCCCUAAGAUCCGGGCCCCAGGCCGCGGCCGGCGUGACCCGCAAGCAGAAGACGAAGACGCAUUUGUGGAAGAACUGCGAGACAGACAAACGGCCUGGAGGGUUGUGCGUCAGGAAUUCCGAGAGAGAUUCAACAAAGAUGCCUCCGAGGCGCGCCUGCAGAUGCGUCUUCAUCGUCGGCUCCGAGAGCGAAUGGUGCGCUGGGAAGAGUCAGAUGUGAGUAUGUACCUCCCCCGUAGCACAUGGUAUGAAAAGAUCCAAUAA